AUGGAUGAGAACAAGAUAUUGCGUUCAUUAGUACGAGAUGGCGAUGGAAAUCCAUUAAUGACACUGGAAGAGUUUAAAGAAGGAAUGUUUCAAUCUAUUCGUGAUAAUGGCACAGUUGAACUCAUUCGGGCACAACUACGACGAAGAUUUAUUGAAAAACUUCAACAGCAACGUAACAAUCAAGAUAGAGAGAAUGAAACAACUUGUAACAUUGUGAGCUUAACACCUGAUGAAAAGCUAGUGAAUGGUUUGAUAGUUGAAUUUCUCACAACCAAAGGAUUAGAAAAUACUUUAGCAGUAUUUGUACCUGAAGUCGGAGGGUCUCAGAAUCAAGUUGAUAGCUUCACAAUUCUUCAGUUACUUCAUAUAACGUCGGAGAUUCAAGAUCGACUGAAACAAGAACAAGAUCAAACAGGUCAAUCCUUACUUCUCAUCCUUCUACAAGAACUAAAACGUCGUUUUCAACUCACGACAAUCGACUCAGGAACUCAAACUGCUAUGGAUUGCAUUGAUCAUCGUCUUGUACUUGAAAAUGAACUACGACGAGUUGAAAAGAUUUACUUUCAAGAAUGUGCUGCUCAAAAACUAGAACCUCAAAAGUCAUUAGAAGAACGUAUGAUUCAAUAUCAACGAGAAUAUGAUGCGAUUUGUACUCAACGACUUGAAGAAGAAAUUGAACGUUUGAAAGGAAAUGAAAUUGCAUUUGUACGAACUGAAGAAAGAAAACGAUUUACUCGAGAACUUGACAAUCUUCGUGCAAUAUUAUUGCAAGAAUCACGUACUAAACAAGAAAAUCUUGAAAAACGUCAACAUGAUUUGGAACUUGCAUUUGUUGCACGUAAAACGGAGCUUGAAACUUCAUUGUUUGAGAUUCGUCAGACUUUAUUUCAAGACAAAGAAAAGUUACGAGUAAAAGAAGCAGAACUCCAAGUGAAAAUGGAGCGAGAUUCUCGAUAUUUUAUGAAUGAGACAGAAAGAGUGAAAAGAUGGGAAGAAAGUGUACGAUUGCACGAAGAGAAUGUUGAGAGUACAAUUGCUCAAGCCAUACGAGAAAAAGAGCGAGUUUGGAAUCUUGAACGACAGCACGCUUUAAAUGACUUGGAAACGCAACGAAAUGCACUUACACAACGUGAACAUGCUUUAAUGAUUGAGAUGAAGUCGUUAAAGACACUACAGGAUCAAGUUUUGAGCUUACAACAUCAAAAGACUGAGUUAGAAACAGCAUUAUUGAAAACAAAAGACGAACUUCAAAGGACUCAACAUUCGACUGUACGAUUUCAUGUAGACCAGCAACAUUAUCAAGAAAAGAUGGUUGAGUUAGAAAAGCAACUUCAAGAGUACAAGACAAAGUUUAACAAUGUUGACAUGACCAACAUUCGUCUAAUUGCGGAUGCAACAAUGACACAAAAGCAAGUUGAACAUUAUAAAACCAAAAAUGUCAAAAGGAAAGAGCAACUUACAGCAGCAACAUGUGAAAUUGAAACGUUAAAGCAACAAAUUCUUGAUAUCAAAUUAAAUGAAGCCACUGGAAUUGUGAAUGAGAGGCAAAAAAUGAUGCAAAUAAUAGACGAAGAACGUGCAAGUUCACAAUGGAAAAUUCAUGAGUUGCUUAUGAAAAGUCGCGAAUUAGCAACUCGAGUAGCAGAAGCCGAAACAUUAGCUGAAAAGUAUCAAACUCAAUAUGAGGAUGAAAAACUUCAGGUCGAUGCUUUACGACGUGAUGUUUCAAACUUAAGUACAUUGUUAACUCAAGCUCAAACAGCAAUUACGUUGAAACACAGUGGUGUAAGAGAUGUAUUAAGUUUCCGAAGCAAUCGGCAACAAGAGAGUGAACGUUGGAAUCGUAUAAGAAUGAUGGACAGUCAUGCAACAUGGUCAUGCAUCAUUUAA